AAAAUAAAGAACAAAUUUUUAUCUUUUGGUUGUUUUGAACCCUUGAUUUCCUUUAAGGACGGAUAAAUGUAUUUUUGCGUUGAUUUUUCAAUAGAGGAGGAAUUAACCCCUUCUCUUCAACUCAAUUUUUAUGUGUAUUUUUUUCAUAUUAUUUUACCGUUUUAUCCAUUUAAUCGAAACACAACCAUAUUGGAGACGAAUGUAUAGAGAAAUUAUAUAUUUGAUGAUUUUUGAGGGCCUUGAAAAUUUAGAUUUAGAAAUCACUUUGUCUUCUACCGAUUUAGUCUUCUUUUGCGGUCGUGCCGGGGAAUACAAUGUAUCAGUCGGCAAGGGGGCAGGAAGGGUAUGUCAAGGUGAUAAUUGGGUUGUGUCAAAUUUGGGCGGGAAUCUUUGGUCUUUUUGGAUGGGUAAAUAUAUGUCUUGUACUUUCACUUCUCUUUCCAAUUGGCUGUUAAUGUCAUCAAUCUCAGCCCUUUUUCCACUUCAUGUAAUGUGAUUUUGUCUCCGGCAUCAGUUUUGUCAAGUCAGGCCUUGUCAGGCUAGUGAAUUUGAGUGAAUAUGCUGUUUAUUUAUCUGCUUUGAUUAUUUUGUUUGGUUUUUAUUUUUAAUUAAUGUGUCUUUCACAUACAUCUUUAAUAAAUUGAAUGUUUCUAGAACUCUUUUGCAUUUAGUGAUUGGAUUUUUUUCUUCCCUGUAUUAUUUGGUAGGAAGAAGUAAGAAGGCACAAAAUUAUACAGAGAUUUUGCUUUCAGUUAGCCUGUGUAAAAAUUCUGCUGGCUUUAUGUUAUUAGAGUUGGAUGCUUGCUUGACUGUGGUUAAGAGCUGGUUGAGAGCAUUGGCAUCCUCAUGCCCACAUCAUAUCUAGAUUCGCUUAACCCUGUCUCUCCCCAGUUGAAUGGUGGUUCGACUCAUGGAAGUGAACCUGAUGAAUUAAAUGUUGAAACAAUUAAGGCUGCUCAACUAAAGAAGUUAGGUCAUCAUACCAGAGAGUUCUUUUGGUUAGGCUCUCAAUGGACGUGCAAAAAGAAGCGGAAACAUUAUCAAGCUUUCCGUCGUAAUGGAGUAAAAGUCACGGUUAAUCAAUUUGUCCAUGUAUUGGCUGAGGAGAACAAAAGGCUCAUAGCUUAUUUGGAUGAUAUGUAUGAAGAUGCGAAGGGCAACAAGAUGGUUGUGGUACGAUGGUUUCAUAAAAUUGACGAGGUUGGUAUUGAUUUGCCUCACAAUUAUAAUGACAGAGAGAUUUUGUUUUCUCUUUGCCUUCAAGAUCUAAGCGUCGAAUGUAUAGAUGGAUUCGCGAUGGUUCUAUGUCCCCGACAUUAUGCCAAGUUUGUUUCCGGAGCCGAACAUGCUAUGCUGCAACCAUAUAUGUGUUGUCAGCAAUAUGACAGUGAUGAUCUCAAGCCUCUAGACAUAACUCAAGUGAAAGGUUAUUGGAAACAGGAUGUAGUUAGAUAUAUGUUUGCUUUUUCUUCAGAAAGGGCUCUGGAGAAUACAUGUUUGCCAGAGGAUCCCUGGAAAAAAGAAGAUAUCAGUGCUUUCAAUGGGUGUAAACCAAGAAAGAGACUGCGUUUAUCAAGAGAGGUCAGAGUCGACUUGCAAGGUGUUCAACACAUGGCUGUAGGCUCAGUGAUUGAGGUGGCUGUGGACUCAGUGGUUGAGGUGUUGUCACAGGAUAGUGGGAUGAGGGGUUGUUGGUUUAGAGCAACUAUCAUCAAGAAGCACAAGAACAAAGUUAAGCUGCGUUAUCAUGACAUCAAGGAUGGAGAAAAUGAAGCUAAUUGUCUUGAGGAAUGGGUCUUAGCUUCUCGUAUUGCUGUUAAUGAUGCAAUGAAUCUCCGACUUGAAGGUAGGACAACUAUCAGGCCAUCCGUAACACAUAAUGGCAAAGUCUCAUGGGUCAUCAACAGUGGCUCCAUUGUUGAUGCAUGGUGGCACAAUGGUUGGUGGGAAGGUAUUGUUAUCCAGAAAGAAGCCAAUGGGAAAUUCCUAGUUUAUUUUCCAGGUGAACAGCGAGAAGCUCUCUUCUCCCGAAGUGAUUUGAGGCAUUCCCAAGAGUGGGUAAAGGGCGGUUGGAAAGAAUUAAGUGAAAGAGCAGAUGUUGCAGCGUCCAUAUUGUCUGGCCUUGUGAAAGAGGGAAGAUUUGGAAAGCAGGACAGUUACCAGCAUUUGCAAACUCUUGUUUCCAAACAUCCUGAAUAUGACGUGGGAAAGGGUUAUUCGUGUUGGACUAAAGAUUGUUCUAAUAAGUUGCGUAUAGAUACAUGGUACAAAAAGGCGAAGAACUCAACUGUAACUGAUCUUUCUAAAGAUGAUUACCUUUCACAGUUAAAAUGGGAGUCAUCGUGUAAAAGAAAGCGCAGUGGGUUUGUUGUUCCGAAGCUACAGCCUCGUAGGAGAUUGUCUAGUGAGAUUAAUCAUGAAAAGAGAUCGUCUUGUGAAAAAUAUCAAGAGUUCCUGACACCUUCGACCUUGAAAGUUGAAAAAGAGCGUCGUAACUCUGUUAAGGUUGAUCUGGACAACUGCAAGUACAUAACAGAUGCUCUCUUCACCCCAUCUGUAGUGCCGUCUUUAACCAGCCUCGUUAUGUCCAGAUGAUUGUUUUCUCACCUUUAACUGGGCUGUAUUAUGUAGCUUUAUACUCUGGAAAUGAGGUGGGGUUGUCAUCCUUGUGUAGAUUCACCAUGUCUUUUCUCUCCUUAACUACAAAAGUGGUGAGGAAGUGGGUGGUGUUAUCCCAGAAGAUGGUGCAGCAAUGGAGUGUAAUAAAUCAUCUAACAAGGGCUCACAGGUGCGAAUUACUUCUGAAACUGACGGGCAAGGGCUCACAGGUGCGAAUUACUUCUGAAACUGACGGGCAAGGGCUCACAGGUGCGAAUUACUUCUGAAACUGAUGGGCAGUGCUCGAGUAAAAUUUAGAAUAACAAGUAGGAGUAUUUAUUUAGGUUGGUAGGAUUUUGGGUUUCCCCCCCUUUUUUGCUUUGAUUUUUUAUGUAGUCUUUAACCUCUGAAGGCUUAUGUUUUAUAUAUUGCCUAGGUGUCUUGUAGUUUUGUGUCUUGUAGUUUUGUAUAUCAGUGUUUAGGAAUAAAGAUCACACUACUUGUCUACUUGUAUUAUUUUGUAUUUUCUUCACUGAAAUGAAUGAUUUAUCGAAAUUGAGUGGUUUGACUGACCA